AUGUCCUCCCCCACACCACCCCCUGCGGCACUGCCCUCGGUCGCUACCACACCGCUGGAACAGCCGCCUGGGGAUGCCGAAGCCGCGGUGCACAAGGCGUCUUCACCCAAGGCGUCCUCUUCGAAGGCUUCCGCGCCCAAGGCAUCUUCUCCCAAGGGCGCUUCGCCAAGGGCCGCCCAUUCACUGCAAGAUAUUCUCAAUCCCGUCGACGACGGAGACGUACCGGAGCCAUUACAGGUUGAUGACGCCUAUGGCCCCGACGACAACGACAACGAUUCGACGUACGGCUCAGACAGUGCGACAAACUACACUGGCUCUGUAUCCUCUUCUAUCUAUCACUACCAGUAUGAGAAUGGUCGGCGAUACCACGCCUAUCGCGAGGGCCAAUACGUACUGCCCAACGACGACCAAGAGCAGGAGCGUCUCGACCUGCAACAUCACAUAUGGCGCCUCCUACUCCGCGGCAGCCUGUACACGGCGCCCCUGCCCUCGCCACCAGCAGAAGCCGAGGAUCCGCCAGCCGACGGAUCCCUCCGCAUUCUCGAUCUCGGCUGCGGUACCGGCAUCUGGGCUAUUGACAUGGCCGAUGAAUUCCCACACGCCCAUGUCUACGGCGUCGAUUUAUCUCCUAUCCAGCCUGAUUGGGUGCCGCCAAACUGUAAGUUCCACGUCGAUGACUACGAAGAUACCUGGACCUAUGGCCCCGACGAGCGAUUCGAUUACAUCCACGGCCGUGCCUUGUCGGGCACCUCUGGUGACUGGGCACGCUUUUACAGCAACGUGCGCGAGCAUCUAGUUCCUGGCGGGCGUCCCACAUGUUUGGCAAGCCUAUCAACAUUGCGCGUUUCCACAAACAAUGGAUGCAAGAUGCUGGAUUCGAGGACGUCAAAGAAGUCGUAUAUCGCAUCCCGAUCGGACCCUGGGCCAAGGAUCCAGCCUUGA